CUUGUGCUAGCCACAGGAUGCCCACGAGAGCAAGAUGCCCAGAAUGUUGCUGGGAGUAGAGGUGUUUCAGUCUUGCCCUUCAGCGGCUGCACAGCACAGGGCUUGUCUCAGGGUUUGUCUCAGGGCUGAUCCAACAGCUGGAGGGUGCCAGGGACUUCCUGGCAUCUGCAGAGCUCCCCACAGAGAUGCAGAGAUGCUAAUCGGCACUUCCAGGGGCUCGGGAAAUUCUUGGCAGCUGAAAAAGGAAAAAUAGGGAAGAGCCUCUCUUAAAGGAUGGCAGAAGUGUUGUGUAGGCAAAAGCAGCUCGCCGGCAGGAGCUGACUGCUCCUGAACAAUUCAUUGUGCUGCUGGCAGGAGUGAUGGAGCAGUGCCCUCCCGUGGCUGCUGGGGCUGCACGGACACCGCGGGGGCUGCAGCCUCCUGUGCCUUGAGCUCCUGCUCCCCCAGCACCUCGGGCCUGCAGCAGAACCCCUGGAAGGUGUAGCCCUCCUGGGAGCUGUGCUGGGUCUGAGUGUUGAGCAGCCAUGGUGUGGGGAAGGUGGGGCAGCACAGCGUGCACUGGUGGCCACGCUGGAGCAAGCUGGCCCUUAGAAGCAGUGAGUUUGUCCUGGACCAUGAUGCUGGCUCUGCUGCUGGCCAGCCUGUCCCUCUCAGGGGCUGGAAGUCAUCUGAGGAGCCAGAAGAGAGCUCUUCAAGAAGUUGUCAGGCUGCUCACACUGCCGAGAGCUGGUGUCCAGGCUGCAGGAGAAGCUGCCCACGCACUGCUGGGUGGCUCUCUUGGUGCAGAUGGAGAGCUGUAGGGUGAACCCCAGGGCUGGCAGAUGCUGCAGGUGCAGGCAGGCAGCUCGCUGUUCAGCAGGACUGUGGGGCCACAGAAUGCAGAGGAAAGGGCCUGCAGUGAGUUGGGGGUCCCUGUAAGAGUCCAGCCCACCACGAGGCUGGAGCAGUGCUGGGAACCCUUCCUCUCUGGCUGUGCCAUGGGAUGGGGAGGUGGUUGUCUCUGUCUCAUAUGUGCCCCCGGAUGCAGAGGUAGAGCUGGGCAGAGGAUGCUGAUGGGCAGCGAGGCCCCAGAACAACACCAGGCUCACCCAGGAACUUCCUGGGGCCAUCACACAGACCCACUCUGACAUGGAGGCAGCCAUGGGGGUUUGAGCUGGCACUCCUGGGGGCAGCCCCCACAGCUUCAGGGACUCUUGCUGGGAAGACAUGGUGGAGGAAUCCAGUGUAGCUCAGAGGUGGGGUUUGAUUGCAGAGCCCUUUCCUCUGCAAGCACCUGCUGCUGCCCACCACAGAGACCCAGCCUGGGCUGAGCUGAGGGAGCCACGGUGGGGUGGGCAGUGCAGAGCCCACGCCAUGGGUGUCCCAAGAGAAGGUGCUGUGACUUCACCAGGGUGUGGCUGGCAAGGGACUCACCCCCGUGUGAGUCCCAUCUCUUCAGGUAGCAUGACAUACCUGAGCAGGGGGUUGGGUUGGCAGCACGCCUCAGCUGGCAGUGUGCAAGGGACAGGCCUCGGCCCUUGCCAUUCCCCUGGUAAAUGCUUUCUCGCUCUCUCUUUUUCCACAACCUGCUUCCCAAGUCGCUUGGUGUCAGGUAAGAGAAGCUCUCUGUGUUGGCAGUGCCAGCGUGGGGCCCUGGGCUCACUCCCACCCUCUCUUGCCCCACACUGGUCCCCUGUGCAUGCACCGCCCCGUGCAGCCCUGGCAUCGCCUGGCUGCCCACAGCCUCUGCAGGGCUGUAGCCACAUCCUCCCCGUCCCCAAAGCUGCGUUCCCACAGCGCUGCUGGGCCGGCCCUGCUGGGAUCCCCCUGCAGCCUGACUCACACCCUCUCUGUUCCCUUGCCCCCUCCAGUGGACCAGAGCAUGUUUGAGAACGCCAGCGCCGGCACGGCACCCGCGCCGCGGGCACAGCACGUCCCUGCCGCGGCGGGCGCCGCGCCCCAGCCCUGCCGGCCCGCCGGCAGCCAGCACCUGCGCAACCUGGGCAAGGCCGUGGGCGCCAAGGUGAACGACCUGCUGCGGCGCCGGGAGCCGGCCGGCCUGCCCGCCGUGGGAGCCACGGAGGUGAACGCCAGCGCGGGCGCCGUGCUGGCCACGGGACAGCCGCCCGCCGAGCACGGGGCUGUGGCACUGGAGGCCUUUCCCCGGCUGGAGCCCCCGCCGCCCAUCACCAAGAAGCGGACGCCGCGCGCCCUGAAGACCCCCCAGGACAUGCUCAUUGCUCCGCAGCCGGAGGGCACCGGCGCCAGGGGUGGCACCGAGGAGCCUCCUGAACCGCCCCCGGCUCACCCUGAGCCCACAGAGGAGCAGCCGGGGAUGGGGGACCCGUCUCCUCCAGCAUGCCCUGGUGACCUCGGUGUGACAGGUGCCCUAGAGCCCAGCGGGGACCAGCCUACCAGUGCCCUACCCGUGCCCGACCUCAUCCAUAAGGGCAGCCAGGAGAGCCAGUGGCAAGUGGGUGAGAGGGCCACUGAGAUGUCAGCCAGCACAGAGAAACCCUCACGGAGACAGGGGCUGGAACAUGAGCCAGCAGCGAGCACAGGGCGGCCAGAACCACGUGCCUCUGGCUGGGAGGUGGAGGGGGCCCAUCCUGACCUACUGUCCUUUGAGUAGCAGUGGGUAGCUGUGACAGGGGUGCCAUGGGGGCUGGCUCUCCCAGACUUGUCUCUCACUGCCACUUGCCUUUUUUGGGGUGAUUAUUUUGGAAAGGAGGAAGUUCUGGAGUGGAACGAGCCAUUUGCUGCCCAGUGUGGGCUCUGGGGAGCCAUGAAAACCUGCUUCUCCCCAGAUUCCCAGGAGGGGCACAGCCUGUCCUGCCAUGGUUUCUGCAGCCCCAUUCUGGCCCCCUAUUCACCCUAGUCAUGCCAAGCUCCUGUCCUGCCACAGUGCCACUGCCACCCUGUCUGCAGCCAGGAGCCUUGCUGAACUGGGAACCAAGGGGGUGCGUGGGGGUAGAAGUGCCAGCCUGCCCCAAACCCCAUUGGCUCUGCUGGAGCGAGCAUCCUGUGAGCAUCCCACAUGCACCACACACUUCCCCGUGUCUGCACUGGCUGCCUUGGUCCAGAGGAUUUCCCAGCUCACACCAUGUGCUUGCUGAGAUGCCCCGUCCUGGGUACCAGUGGGCUCACCCAGCCCUGGUGCCAGGAGCCAGGACAGCAGAUGUGUCCAGGGCCUUCUCCAGGUGCUGACCUCAUGGUGUUACUCUGCUGAGUGCCAUCUCCUUGCACUGGAGCCCCAGAUGCACUGGGCUCUGGCAGGAUGCACAAUUGCUGGCCAGUGGGCUCUGGCAGGGAGCUGAGCUCUCUGUGAGACUCCCUUCCAGCUCCUGCUUGUUUCCCGGUCUCAUCCCAGCCACCAUGGACAGAGCUGUCCAGGCAGGCAGCCCUCUCCAUAAAGGGGAGUCACUGCUCCCCUUUAUUUCCUGGGACGGUGGUCUCUGCAAGACUGGGACACACAAAGCCACGUGGUCCUCUGAAACUACUGUAUGAGUGUUUUGCCAUGGAUUACAGGAGGAGUUAGCCAGCCUGGGGACAUCUCUGUCGACGCAAGGCAGCAGCUGUGAGAUGGAACUUUUUGCUGAGAGCUUUUAUGUACAUCCUCACCACAAAGGUGGUUUUCAGAGGAAAAGCUCCAAAGCCCCAGGCUGGGUUGGAGGAACCCAGGGGUGAGGCUGCUCACAGCUCCUUCUGGGCCAUACAGGAUGGUUGGGCUGAAGAAAUGUCUUCCACCACCCAAAGCCAUGCUAUCCCGCUGGAGGAAGGAAGCUGUGAGCAGGGAUCCCCUCGCCCUGGGAGCAGCCCCCCAUGUCCUUGCUGUUGGUGUGGGGAUGCCACAGUGGCACUGGGGCCCUGCAGCUCUGUGCUCUGGGAACGCCCUGCUCAAGAGUGAAGGGACGCAGAGUUGCACAGAGCCCAUGUUCAGUGCUGAGGUGUCACACACCCUGACAAUGUGAUCACGCUGUGCAUGGCCACCUGCACCCUCAGCUCCAGGGGUGUGUGUGUGCUGCCAGGUCUGCACUGCGGUGUAGGUGUUGAUGGAAACCCGGACUUGCAGGCCCUGUCUGAAGAACCACUAUCUUCAAUCGCUGUGAUCCCAAGGGAACCUUCCCCUUGAGGGUUGUCACUCACAGCCGGUUAGAGUCCAGUCCCUCUAUUUAUGUUGUCAGGGUGCGUGUGUAUGGUUUGAGACAAGAGAUGCAGAUUGCACAAUAAAUUUUUUUGGCUUUUGUACCUA